AUGGCAGAAAAUUUCAAUAUGGAAGUGAAGACGACGGCUGCGAACAGUCCAUGGAGUAAUGGUUUAUUGGAGCGUCAUAACAGAACACUGACUGAAAUUCUCCAGAAAUUAAGAGCUGAGAAUGACUGUGAAUGGGAGACAGCAUUAAACUGGGCACUUAUGGCUAAAAAUGCUCUACAUAAUGUGCAUGGUUUUAGCCCGUAUCAACUGGUAUAUGGACGUAACCCCAAUCUUCCUAGUGUGCUAAUCGACAGACCACCAGCUCUGGAAGGUAGUACUAUGAGUACAGUGGUUGGGAAACACAUCGAGGCACUACACUCCUCUAGAGCAGCUUUCACAAAAAGCGAGUGUUCUGAGAGAAACAGAAGAGCAUUGAGGAAACAAACACUAUCAAGUGGUGAUCAGUACCAGAAUGGAGAUCAGGUUUACUACAAACGGCCAGAUAGUGAAAAGUGGAAAGGCCCUGGUGUAGUUAUAGGGCAAGACGGUUCAGUUAUCUUUGUAAGAUAUGGUGGAAUUUGUGUUCGUGUUCAUCAGUGUAGAAUCAGAAAAACAAACACAGUCAUGGACACUACAGAUGGACCCAAAGGAGACAAAGUGAUAGCACAACAGCAGGAAGGAGAUAAUUGCAUACAAGAAAACAGUGACUCUGAAUUUGAACAAGAUAACUUGGAUGAACAGAUGGGUGGAGUGGACAGCGAAGAUAAUGAGGCCAACAACCAACAAUUGGAGUUGAAGAAAGGACAAGUCAUCAACCUCAAAGACACGGAUGAAGGAAAAAAACACAAAGCCAGACUUGUAGCUCGGGGAUUUGAAGAAAUAGACAGAGAAGCCAUACCAAAGGACUCGCCAACUUGUGGUUCAGAUUCUGUCAGACUUGUCUUAACUGUAUUGGCUCAGAGAAACUGGAGCGUUUACACUAUGGACAUUAAGACAGCAUUUCUCAAGGUUCAGAAAUUGGACGCAAGAUUUACAUCAGGCCGCCACCAGAAGCUGGUUGUAAAAGUGCAUGGUGCAGAGGUUUCUAAAUCUGAUCCAGCAGUUUUCUUUUGGAAGAAUGGUGACCAAAGAGUAGAUGGCAUCCUUGCUUGUCAUGUAGAUGACUUCUUAUGGGGAGGAUCAGCGGAAUUCAAGAACAAGGUGAUCAAAGAAAUAAGAAAAACUUUUCUUGUUGGAAAGGAAGAUGGUGAUGAAAACAGUUCAUUUUCAUAUGUAGGAAUCGAAUUGUCCAAACAUGAGAAAGGUAUUGAACUUAGCCAGUAUAACUAUCAGAAGAACAUUCAGUUCAUCCCUGUUGAUAAGAGUCGUCUUGUAGAUAGAGAGGCUGCACUAACAUUAACAGAAAAAGAAUGCCUUCAGUCGAAAAUUGGGCAGAUACUAUGGACAGCACGACAAAGUCGACCAGAUGUCAUUUUUGAUGCAUCCAAUCUAGCAUCAAACUUCAAAAGGGCUAAUGUUCAGACUUUGAUUGAGGCAAACAAGAUCAUCAGAAGAAUCAAGUCAGAGAAGGUUACCCGGAAAUUUCAAAAUCUUGGACAGCAAAGAAAUAUGAAGUUGUGA